CGAUUUCCCUUUAGGGUCAACCCGUGAACCCGCCGCCGUUAACAGACGGAGAUUUACCGAAGAAAGUUAAGCAUAAUAACAUAUGGAGAUUUAACAAUAGAAAGGUAAGCAUAAUAGUGUGGAGGGGAAAGUCGUCUCAUGCGCAGUUUGGGCUAUUCAUUUCUUGGACGUCCCUGUCAAACCAUCCCUUUCUUCCACUGUCUCUACUUCUAAACUCUCUUCUUCUGCUUAUUUAAGAAGUGAAUUUGAACCCUAUCAAAAUUCAAUCAAUCCGUCCUCGUUUGCCUCUAAACUAAGCCCAUUUUCGCCUUUUUAUCUCAAUGGAUUCUCAAGUUCUGGUAGCACUUGCUCUUUCUCUUGUGGGUGGAUUGAGCACUUCUAUAGGUGCAUUUUUUGUAAUUCUUAAUCAGGCUCCUAAUCUAAAGAUGCUUGGGCUUUUACAGGGCUUUGCUGCAGGUCUAAUGUUGAGCAUAUCAUUCCUAGAUCUGGCUCAUAAUGCUAUGAAUUCAAUUGGCUUCUUAAAAGGCAACCUUUGGUUUUUUGGAGGUGUUGUAUUCUUUGCUAUUGUCGCAAGGUUUAUCCCAGAACCAACAGUAAUCCCUGGUUCAGAUAGUAAAAGCAAAAAGACGAAUGGGGAUGAUGGAGGAAAGGACAUCAUGAAAAAGCAUCGUCGCCAAGUUUUUUUUAGUGGCAUCAUUACAGCCAUAGGCAUAAGCUUGCACAAUUUUCCAGAGGGAAUGGCAGUAUUCCUUGGUUCGAUGAAGGGUCUACGUGUUGGUCUUAAUUUGGCCUUGGCUAUUGCUUUACACAACAUUCCAGAGGGUGUUGCUGUUGCCCUGCCCAUUUAUUUUGCAACACAAAGCAAGUGGCAGGCAUUCAAAUUGGCGACACUUUCUGGUUUUGCAGAACCACUCGGCGUUAUUCUUGUAGCAUAUCUAUUUCCAAGCAGCUUAAGUCCUGAAAUUCUUGAGGGUCUGCUAGGAUCAGUUGGUGGAGUAAUGGCUUUCCUAACCUUGCAUGAAAUGCUGCCACUGGCUUUUGAUUAUGCGGGGCAGAAGCAAGCUGUUAAGGCUGUGUUCCUUGGUAUGGCUUUCAUGUCAGCAAGUCUAUAUUUUCUGGAAAUCAGCUUACCUGAGGAGAUGAGUUUGUAACUAUCAACUGAAAUGCUGUGCAUUCUACAAACCACAGUAUGCAUGUCUGACUAGCACAAGCGCGAUUUGGUCUCGUCAAAGGUCCAAGACUAAACUGGUCUCCUAGAAGGCCUGAACAAAUGCUGCUGUUAUUGUGAAUCAAUACCUUAACCAACUUACUUUCCUUUUUAAUUUCCUCCAAGUAAUUGGAAAAUGUAAGAGAAUGUUUGGGGACGGUGGGGAAAAGGGGAGGAAAAAUUAUGGAUCUCAUAAUUUCAAAUGGAUUUUUUUUUUUAAUUUACUUGUAAGAGCUGCUGAUCAA